AUGCUACGGAAGACCUGGUUAUGCAUUAUCAUUGUGGCCUUUGUCAGCCACCCAGUGUGGCUGCAGAAGCCUCCUAAGCGCAAGACACCUGCGCAGCUCAAAGCAGCUGUGUGCUGCGAGGAGAUGAGGGAGCUCAAAGCCCAGGUUGCCAACCUCAGCACUCUGCUAGGUGAGCUGAGCAAGAAGCAGGAGAGUGACUGGGUCAGUGUGGUCAUGCAGGUGAUGGAGCUGGAAAGCAGCAGCAAGCGCAUGGAGGCUCGGCUCGCAGUGGCCGAGGGCAAGUACUCAGAGAUGAACAACCAGAUCGAUAUCAUGCAGCUGCAGGCGGCUCAGACAGUUACGCAGACCUCGGCAGAUGCCAUCUAUGACUGCUACUCCCUCUACCAGAAGAACUACCGCAUCUCUGGAGUGUACAAGCUUCCUCCUGAUGAGUUCCUGGGCAGCCCUGAGCUGGAGGUGUUCUGUGAUAUGGAAACUUCAGGCGGAGGCUGGACCAUCAUCCAGAGACGCAAGAGUGGCCUUGUCUCCUUCUACCAAGACUGGAGACAGUAUAAGCAGGGCUUUGGCAGCAUCCGAGGAGACUUCUGGCUAGGGAAUGAACACAUCCACCGGCUCACCAGACAGCCAACACGGCUCCGUGUGGAGCUGGAGGACUGGGAGGGCAACACACGCUACGCAGAGUACAGCCACUUUGCGUUGGGCAAUGAGCCGAACAGCUACCGCCUCUUCCUGGGGAACUACAGUGGCAACGUGGGGAAGGAUGCCCUCCUCUACCACAACAACACAGUCUUCAGCACCAAGGACAAGGACAACGACAACUGCUUGGACAAGUGUGCACAGCUCCGUAAAGGUGGCUACUGGUACAACUGCUGCACAGACUCCAACCUCAAUGGGGUGUACUACCGCCUGGGGGAGCACAAGAAACAUAUGGAUGGCAUCACUUGGUACGGCUGGCAUGGAGCCAACUACUCACUCAAACGAGUGGAGAUGAAGAUCCGUCCAGAAGACUUCAAGCCCUAA